UUUGUAAUUUGAAUAUUUGAUUUAAAAAAAAAAAAUUACCUUGCUUGUGAUACAGUUUCUUUCUUCUUUUUCCCUUUUUCUGUAUUUGCCUGAAUGUGAUUAUUUUGUUGAUAUGGCAGAUAAUCAUAACAUUUCAGGCAAAUUCAUGGGUCUCAAAGAUUUUCAUCUCAAGUUUAAGCAAGGCUUUCAGCUGAGGCGAAUUCUCAAGAUAAAAACUGGGGUUAAGAAGAAAGAGGCUAAUUUUACUACAAAACCUUCAUGGAUGAUGCCAGCAGUCUCACAUGGGCAUCAUGUGGUUGAGGGUUAUGAUGAAUUCGACUGUGACUAUGUUGUGGCUCAGAGAGAGCAGAUUGAAGAGCUUGAGGUGUGGCUUUUCGGAGUUUCCGAUCCUCGGAUUGGGGGCGGAAUUACCAAGUACAUGCAGGCACAUCUGUUUGAUAAGAAGCCAAAAGAGUCUAUCAUAAAGGGAAAGAGCAACGAGACGAUGAGAAAAGCAUAUCUUGAUGCUAAAGCAAAGCUUAGAGAUGCCCAGGGAACAGAGGAGACAACUGGAGUCGGUUCAGUUUCGGCAAUGGUGAUCAAUGGUGAAAAGCUAGUAUUAGCGAAUAUGGGAGACUACAGAGCAAUUGUUUGCAGAGAGGGUUUGGCUCAUGAAAUAGGCAUUAGGCAGAAGCAAUCACCCAAAAUGAGUUGGACACAUAGACUCUUUAAAGCAAACAAUAAGCAAUCUAAAAGCUCAGAUCUUGUUGUUGGGGCCGAAAAGAUUGAGAACGAUAGUGAAUUUGUCAUUUUAGCAAGCAGUGGCAUAUGGGAGGUGAUGAAGUAUCAAGAGGCUGUGAAUCUCAUAAGGCGCAUUGAAAAUCCAGAAAUAGCUGCCGAGUGUUUGGCAAGUGAAGCUUCAAAUAGAAUGAGCAGAAGCAACAUUUCUUGCUUGGUCAUUCGAUUUGAUUGACAUAUCAUUUCUUAAUUCGCGUUGUCUUUUGUUCAUAUGGGACGAGAUACACAGUUUUUAUUCCAUGGGUGCAAAACAGGUCUGAAUUAGCAAUGGAGCAUGCGAUGAGACGCAUGUUGGAUACAUUGGAACAGAUACCAAGUUUUUUCUAUGUUCAACUCUCUAUGGGAAGUGGGAAAAUAGAUUUUAGGAUGAGGGUCCUCUCUCUAGGCAGCGAACAUGUAAUGUUGCUAGUUCGAACCAUACAUUCAAAUAGAACAUAAUAGUCAAACAAACGAGAUGAUUAAUCUCGUAAAUUAUACCCGUUUAAGAGGGUGACCAUCGAAAUGUUAUUGGAGGAGCAAAUCCAGUUUAUGAGUGAUUACUCUGGGAAAUCUACUUGUUCUUCUGAUUUUCAUGUGA